GUAAGGAUUAAGCGAUAAUUGUUGUUUUUAUUAGAGGUCUUCUUCCUCCCUUUAACAAUUUUCUUCUUCUUCCUCUUCUUCUUCGUUUGGAGCUCUCUGGGAUGGGAUCAACGAAUGAGGAGCUGAUGAGUCGACUCGUUGACUCCGUCAAGCAAAUUUCAAAGUUUUCUAAUUCCAAAGGCUUCUUCGGGAGGAUCCAAGGCGAUCUCGUCCGCAGGAUCACCCUUCUCAGCCCUUUCUUCGAGGAAUUGAUCGACAUCGGCGCUGAGUUGAACGAAGAACAACAACUCACAGGGUUUGAGGUUAUGAUGAUCGCUCUCGAUUCAAGCUUACAGCUUUUUCGAUCUGUCAAUGGAGGAAGCAAACUUCUUCAGAUCGUCCAUAGGGGUUCUGUUAUGCAGAAGUUCCACGACGUGACAGUGGAGAUAGAAGCAGCCUUAACUCAGAUCCCUUAUGAUCACUUCGAAGUCUCCGAGGAGGUCAUAGAACAGGUCAAGCUUCUGCAUUCUCAAUUCAAGAGAGCAACAGAAAGACAAGAAGACUAUGACCUGCAGCUAAGCCAUGAUCUUGCCGUGGCAGAGAGCGUGGUAGAUCCUGACCCUGAAACCCUCAAAAGACUGUCGCAAGAGCUCCAACUCAGCACCAUUGAUGAGCUCAAGAAAGAAUCACACGCCAUUCACGAGUACUUUCUUUCGUAUGAAGGGGAUCCAGACGACUGUUUCCAGAGGAUGUCCUCUCUUCUUAAAAAGCUGGUGGACUGUGCAUCAACUGAAAGUUCGGAACCUGAUGCAUCCACCGGCAGCAAAGUCAUUUCGAGACAUCGUUCUCCUGUUAUACCGGAGUACUUUCGGUGUCCGAUAUCACUUGAACUGAUGAAAGAUCCUGUCAUCGUCUCCACUGGACAGACAUAUGAGAGAUCAUCCAUACAGAAGUGGCUCGAUGCUGGUCACAAAACCUGUCCGAAAUCUCAGGAAACACUCUUGCAUUCCGGACUAACCCCUAACUACGUGUUAAAGAGUCUCAUUGCUCUUUGGUGUGAGAGCAACGGUAUUGAGCUUCCACAAAACCAAGGGAGCAGCUACAGAACCACAAGACCAGGAGGAGGAAGCAGCUCAUCAGAUUGUGACCGAGCAUUUGUCCUCGCCUUGUUAGAGAAGCUAGCCAACGGAUCUACAGAACAGCAAAGAGCUGCAGCUGGAGAGCUCCGGUUACUAGCCAAGAGGAACGCGGACAACAGAGUAUGCAUCGCUGAGGCUGGAGCCAUACCUCUCCUUGUAGAGCUUCUAUCCUCACCGGAUCCUCGGACUCAAGAACAUUCCGUGACGGCUCUUCUGAAUCUUUCUAUAAACGAAGGUAACAAAGGAGCCAUUGUCGACGCAGGAGCUAUCACGGAUAUAGUGGAAGUGCUUAAAAACGGAAGCAUGGAGGCUAGAGAGAACGCAGCUGCGACUCUUUUCAGUUUAUCUGUCGUAGAUGAGAACAAAGUGGCGAUAGGUGCUGCUGGAGCUAUCCAAGCUCUUAUAAGCUUGCUUGAGGAAGGAACAAGAAGAGGGAAAAAAGACGCUGCAACGGCUAUAUUCAAUCUGUGCAUAUACCAAGGGAAUAAAUCAAGAGCCAUUAAGGGAGGUAUCGUUGAUCCUCUGACGAGGUUACUGAAAGAUGCAGGUGGAGGAAUGGUGGAUGAAGCUUUGGCUAUCCUGGCGAUACUUUCGACGAACCAAGAAGGGAAAGCAGCUAUAGCUGAAGCGGAUACUAUUCCUGUUUUGGUUGAGAUUAUAAGGACAGGGUCACCGAGGAACCGGGAGAACGCUGCUGCUAUACUUUGGUAUCUGUGUAUCGGGAAUAUGGAGAGGCUGAAUGUAGCGAGAGAGGUUGGUGCAGAUGUUGCGUUGAAGGAGCUUACUGAGAAUGGGACUGAUAGAGCUAAGAGGAAAGCUGCGAGCUUGUUGGAGAUCAUUCAGCAACUCGAAGGUGUUGCGAUAUCUACUGUUCCAUGAAGGCCUCGCUCCUGUGGUAUCUUAUUUGUUUCAGUAUAGAUUAUAUAUGUGUAGGGAACUUUUGGAUUGACUCUGACUAAAGAAGCUUAUGUAAUGUCUACUAAGUUUUGUGUAUACAAUAAAACCUCUUUAAUUA